AUGUCUCAGGAUCAGGGGAGUCCACGAAGCACACAUGAUCAGCACCUUCAGACCCUCAGUGAGACCCAGAGUCUGGAGGUUGCCCAGGUCUUCAAGGCUAUGGAGGAGACCUUCCUCUCCUCCUCCCAUCCUCUAGUGCCUGUCAAUCUGAAGGAAGCUCCUACUGCUAAGACAGAGAGUUCUCUUGAGGGUCCUCAGAGUUCUUGCUCCUCUUCCAUUGCCAUCACAACCACCUCAUCCAGUGAAUCUGAUGAGGGUUCCAGCAGCCAAGAAGAGGAGGAGGCCACAUCAGACCCCGAGAAUAUGCCUGCAGAUGCUCUCGACCAGAAAGGCUUUUUGGUGAAUUUCAUGCUGCAAAAGUAUCAGAUGAAAGAGCCAAUAUCAAAGGCAGAUGUGUUGAAGAUUAUCAUCAAAGAUGAUGAGAGCCACUUCUCUGAGAUCUUCCUGAGAGCUUCUAAGCGACUAGAGAUGAUCUUAGGCCUUUAUGUGAAGGAGGUGGACCCCACCACCUGUAGCUAUGGCCUCUUCAUCAAACUGGACCUCACCUAUGACGGGAUGCUGAGUGGUAAAAAGGGUAUGCCCAAGACUGGCCUCCUGAUACGUGUCCUGGGUGCGAUCUUCAUGAAGGGCAACCGUGCCACUGAAGAGGAAGUCUGGGAAGUACUGAGUUUGACAGGAGUAUAUUCUGGGAAGAAGCACUUCAUCUUUGGAGAGCCCAGGGAGCUCAUCACCAAAGAUUUUGUGAAGGAGAAGUACCUGGAGUACCAGCAGGUGGCCAACAGUGAUCCUGCACAAUAUGAAUUCCUGUGCGGCCCAAGAGCCAAGGCUGAAACCAGCAAGAUGAAAGUCCUAGAGUUUUUGGCCAAAAUUCAUGGGACUCACCCAGAUUCUUACCCAUCUCAGUAUGAGGAGGCUCUGAAAGACGAAGAAGAAAGAGCUGGAGCCAAAAUUUGA